GGGGUACUGCUAUUCCCAGGGCUCCUAAGUUUAUCUGCCAGAUGUUGCUGUUGAUGAGGAAUGGUAGACCUCUUCUCCAAAAUGACUUAUCUCCUCAUGAUGGCUAUGAGGAUUGGGUAGCAUGAUUGUUCAGUGGGCCUGAGGUACAAAAUACAUUGCUAUUCCCUAGGUUCUUGGGUUCAGGAUUCUGAGUUAUCUCCCUCAGCAUCUGAGGGUGCCUUUCUUAAUUAAUCAAGUAUAUAAAAUUGUUGAAAGUCCUAUUACAAAAUUCUAUUUAUAAACUAUUUCAAUUCAUAGUAACCCAUUUCUGAAAGCCAAAUUAAUAAAUAUGUUAAGAGGUUAAUUUAUUAGAAUCCAUAAUGCUUUUAAUGAGCAUAACUACAAAAGAGUGAAAUGCUUUGCUAUGAAUUCCAGGCACCCUGAUUUUGCUCAGAGACCAUGUCCAUUUUCUACCACCUUGAUAAUGAUUAUAACUCUGCUGGGAGCUGGCACUAGCAAAUCUGGCCUUGUAACAUUUCUGCUUUACUCUGCAGAUCUUUUAAAAGCAAAUUGGUCAGAUUUCUAAUGUGUUCUGAGUCUAGAAUAAUGCAGCAUGCAUCAUGAUCAAUCCUCUGGUGCCCCACUGGCCGGAGCUAAGUUUAGAAGUUUGACUGUCUGGAACUAAAUGUAGCUGCCUUCUGCAGCUGGAGCUCCCCAUUCCAGCUGCCAAGGGAAGUUAAAGGUAUGCUAAGGAUAGAGGUCAAUCAAUGCAGUGAAAGCAAAAUGAUCUUAGAGUUCAAUGUUUUGAAGCAAAGGGAUUUUGUGAAGAGAAUCAAAUGAGGGGAUGAGUAGACAGGGAAGCAAAGAAAGAGAAAGAAGUCUAAAGAAUCUGGCAAAAUGCCAGAUGUCCUUUGUUUAGGAAAAGACUUAAGGGAAAAGAGAAUUUCUCUGCAGGAUGAAUAGAAAAACUUCAAUCUAGAGAACAGUUAGAUUGUGAACUCCUUAAAGGCAGGUACUGUCUUUUGCCCUGUCCUUAUUAGCACAGUGCCUGGUCCAUAGUAGGUGCUUAAUAACUGUUUAUUGAUUGAACAGCAACAGAAGCAGCAAGCUCUAUGAAAGUGAAGGUAGAAAUCAUGGAUAUUUAUUUCCUUUUUAAUAGGAAAUUAAUGACUAUUUUCUUUAGUGUUUUAAAAUUGUGGAGGCUACUAGCAUCAGUAGAAGGGAAGCAUGCUUUGCUACACUGUGGUACCUAAUUUGACUUAUAUCAAAACUUUGCAUAGCAGUCUUUGAAUCUUUUACUGGAAUUGUACUGGAGGAGUAAGAGGAGGAAAUGGAGGACGGUUUGUUAGGAAGUUUCUGUUGAGUCAAAACAAAAUGUAUCACUUAAAAAACAAACAGACUUUUCAGUGGUAACAAAAGUUACCACAGUACUCUUUUCACCAAGCCAUUUGAAAAACCAUUUCUCAAUUAAAAUCCACCCCCCCAAACACCCCUCAACAAUUGCAGCAGCACAGGACCUGUGAAAUCUAAGCCUUUAACAUUACAAAUAGAAACUACUUAAUUCAAUUCACUAAGUAGUUAUUAAAUACCUGCCUUGCACUAUGGAAUGCUGCCUGAUCUGGCAUCAAAGGAUGAAGGUUCAAGACCUGGUUCUGCCAUUUAUUCCUUGGGUGACUUUCAGGGAAUCACUUCACUUGUGGAUCUCAGUUUUUUCAUCUUCAGAAUAAACCGGUUGGAUUGGACCUUCCCCAGCUUUCAAUCUGUGAUCCUAUUACAUUAGAGGAGAUUUUAGAAAACUAAAGGCAAUAGUCACUUAUUUUCCUUUUAAAAGAUUGUGUGUGCAAUUCAGCAUUUGGAUGUCAUCCUUUGUCCUGGUGAAAGUUUAAUAAGAGUUAUGCCAUAUUGACUCAAGGAGAACACAAGAUAACAUGAGCUACCUUACUAAGAAAUAAAAGUGUUAUGUGAGCUUAAGAAGAUUGAGAUGUGUAACUCUUAGGAGAAGCAUAUCAUCUUGGUAAACGACUUCAUUUUUGGAAAGGUCUGAAUGGUUUUGGUGGCUUUAUGGAAAAACCUGAAGUCCUGGAAAAGAACUAUUGGUAUUCUGUGAAUUUCACUCCUAAGGGAAUCUGGAGAUUUGACAUGGAUACUGAAUGAAGAAUUGUCCAAAGGCUGAGACCUAAUGCCCACUUGGUGGCGCGUAAGCCAAAGACCCUUGGAUCAAAAUUGGUCCAGGCAGAGACACAGAGGAUUACGUAACAAAGUACAAAAAACAAACCAACCCAACUUCCGUGUACUUGCCUCACGGGUUGUCCACGAGCUGUGACCCACAUAAAACACUUCGGCUCCUUUCUGGACCACAAGGGGGCUCUGCUAGAAGUCCUUAAUUUUUGACAUUAGACGGUCAUCUGGGAAACUAGUAUUUUUUUGGAGUUUUAUUGGUUUCCCUUCUGUUGCCGCAUUUUUUUUUUGUAGCGGUUAUGGUUACAUCUUGUCCUAUUUGGCACAUUGUGUAAAACCACGUCUAUAAUACUAUAUAUCUUUCUCAGGUUCUUUGGAGAUAAGCUUCCCAAAGACCGAGGUCACAGGAGUGUAGAUAAACUUCUGGGUGACACGCUCGUCCCCCAGCCCCCAACCCCACUCCCGCUUCUUUAAUCUUUCCGAAGCCGGGUUGUAACCCUUCUGUGAGUUGGCACUUCUUCCUGCCCUGGCCUCGAGUCUUCCUUAGUCUCCUCCCCAGGCUUUACUCUUCCCCUUUGAAACUCCUUCCCAACGUAAGACCCUCUCUCCGUCCCCAGGCCAUCUCCACACUCCCAGCGGCUUCUCUUUCUUGCGUCUCCUUUGCAUCCAACGCAGGACAAGCCUCUCUGGAACCCGAGAACCACACAUAGCGCAGCCCCCCAGUCGCGAGGCGAGGGAACCUGCAGCUUCGGCAGGAACUCCUAGGCCGCUCCGGGAUUGGCGUCGCGGCUUUUCGGCUGCUCUGCAGACGGACUGUCCGGAGCGGUUCCGGGGCUUUGCGGCUGCAUCCAGCGGAUGCCUUGUCAGCGCUCUUUUGUGAUGAGGUGUAGGGUUGGGAUGUGGGGGAGGGGGAGAUUUCCAUUAGGCUCUCCUAAUUAUAUCUUAAAAUUAAAAAAAAAAUGACGACCACGGUUUUGGGGAGGGCCCCACCAAAGGAUUUGAGUUCUGCGAGGGUUCUUUUCUUUUUCCUCCUGUAAGUCUCUCUGUGUCCUUCCCCCUCCCCCACGGCCGGCCACAAGGAGAGAAUCGGGUGGGCUCGUAAGCACUUGGGGUGGGGGCUCAUGAUACACUAAACCUGGGCGCACCAACCUCCCCUCAGCUGGGACCAAAGGGCCAAGGAAAGAACCCGGAGGCUCCAGGGGCCUAGGAACCAUCGGAAGGGUUUAAAGGAAAGGGGCGAGGCCUAAGUAGUACCAACCUAGGGACGCUUACAGGUAACCCUUUCCGCGAGUACGGGGCGGGGGAGGGGGUAGGGUGAAAGGUUGGUGCACGCGCGCGCGCGACGGAAGCCCAGGACCAUCCCACGCACGCGGCGGCGCACAGGCCAAAGCUCGCGGCCGGCUGGCGGGCUCGCGGCUCAGAAGCUUCCUGGGGGCUUACAACGAGAGCCGCUGCGCCGCCCGGCUGGGCAAUCGCCAUGCGCAUGCGCGGCCCCAGCGCCAUUUUGGUGGCCGGGCGCGGAGGUGAUUCCACUGUGAGGAGAGAGUGGCGGCAGCGGUACGGCUCCCCAGCUCUAGUCUAAAUCGCAGAGGGAGGAGGAGGAGGCGGCGGAGGAGGUGGCGGCGGCGGCGGCGGCGGUCGUGGCGGUGGCGGAGGCGGGGGGUGUGAAACGGCUGCGGGAGGAGACAUGGCCAACAUUGCGGUGCAGCGAAUCAAGCGAGAGUUCAAGGAGGUGCUGAAGAGCGAGGAGACGAGCAAAAAUCAAAUUAAAGUAGAUCUUGUAGAUGAAAACUUUACAGAAUUAAGAGGAGAAAUAGCGGGACCGCCAGACACACCAUAUGAAGGAGGAAGAUACCAACUAGAGAUAAAAAUACCAGAAACAUAUCCAUUUAAUCCCCCUAAGGUGCGGUUUAUUACUAAAAUUUGGCAUCCUAAUAUUAGUUCUGUCACUGGGGCCAUUUGUUUGGAUAUCCUGAAAGAUCAAUGGGCAGCAGCAAUGACUCUAAGGACAGUAUUGCUCUCAUUACAAGCAUUAUUGGCAGCUGCAGAACCAGAUGAUCCACAAGAUGCAGUAGUAGCAAAUCAGUACAAACAAAAUCCAGAAAUGUUCAAACAGACAGCUCGACUUUGGGCACAUGUGUAUGCUGGAGCACCAGUUUCUAGUCCAGAAUACACCAAAAAAAUAGAAAACCUAUGUGCUAUGGGCUUUGAUAGGAAUGCAGUAAUAGUGGCCUUGUCUUCAAAAUCAUGGGAUGUAGAGACUGCAACAGAAUUACUUCUGAGUAACUGAGGCAUAGAGAGAAAACUGCUGCUGUAGUCCAGUCCAGUUUGCCCCCUUCUUGAGGAGCAUCACCAUCUGUUGUUAUUUUUAGAAUUCUGCAUAGAUUCUUUUAAAACUGGCAUUCUUGCCUAAUUAUUAUCUAGGCAUGAUUGAAGACUGAAAAAAAAAACAAACCCUGCUCUGUAAAUAAAGCUAAUUAAACGUCUGUGUAAAUUUAAAAAAGGGGAAAUACUUUAAUUUUUUUUCUUACUAAAUAGUGUAAAAAUUCUUUGAGCUCAGCUAAGACUAUGGAAAAACAUCAAAACAUGCUACUUUAGAAUUUAGAAGUGUGACCAAGACUAGCAAGAGUUUGCUUCAAACUUUCGUUGAAUAAUUAUUUAAAUAAUAUUUUGAGCGUGUUAAGGCCAUCCAAAUUGUUGAUGUUAUUCAUCACAGCUACCUUAAUGUUUUUAACAUGGAUCUUCUGUGCCUGUGAAUUUACUUGCAUGCGUGUACUUUGCUAGACCUCUUAGAACCUGGUAGCUGAAAAGAGCACCAUUUUAAAUAUUUGUGUGCUUAGAAAAUUCAAGAUUUACCCAAAGUCGAAAAUGGUGACCUAUUCAGAACCUUUUUCAUCCCUGUCAUUGGAUUGGGACACCACACAUACUUUCUCUUCAUUUUACAUAUCUAAAUUCUAAUGUUGAAGUUAUUUCCCCCUGUUUAUGUUUGAGAAUGUGCCAUUUAUAAUAGCUUAUGUUCCAUUUUCAGAUGAUAUAUUUGGAAUAUUUUGUCAUUAUACUUAAAACACAGUCUUGGAACUUUCCUGUAUUAGAGAUGGUGCAAAAAAUGGGGCUACUAAUUAUUUUUCUUCUAAAACCAGUACAUUCUUAAUGCUGUGGUUUCCCUGUAAUAACAGGAAGAACAUAACUUAAUUUUCGCUGUUCAGACACUUUUUUUUUUAAAAAAACUGUCUCAGCAGUUGAAGAUUUUCUUUGAGUACUUGCUUUGAUGCAAUCAACUGUUUGCAAGUUUUCUAUUAUUUUGGGAUUUAUUGGUAGGGAUUGCUUAUCAGGUACUUAAAAUUUCACUUUUGCUUACAUUUUCCCCUUGUUGACACAUGGAAGCUGUGUUAAUGUUUUCCUGUACAUACUUCAAAUGCACAUAGAAAGAAAUAGAAGUGUUAUAAACCUAGCUUUCUUUAUGAUGUUUCUGAUAAUACAAGAAUUGAAAACCUUACCUUCUUGUGUACAUACAGUCAGACUUUUUAUUCAUAUUAAAAUGACAUUUCAUCCUGAAUUCAAAAGUUUGAAAAUUAUUAGUUUUGAAAAUUCAGAUAUCAGUGUGACCAUUUAUUGAAUGUUGAACUAACUUUAUGCAAACAGCCGUAUACUUCAAAUAUAACUAUUGUAUGGAAUUUUCAGGUCAGAUGAAGAAAGUUGACAGACUGGAUUAGGUUAUGGCAUAUUAUAUAAAAAGCUUCCAUUCCCCAACAGAUUCUUAGUCUAAACCAUAACAAUUUUUAAAACAUGCAAACAUCAUUGUUUUUGAUCCAUGAACAUUUGACUUUUUUAUAUUCUUCAUAUUGGAAGCAAUAAGAACCAUUAUUAAAUAUAUUAAAAGCUUAGAAUAAGAAAUUUAAGGGAACCUAGUUCUUAAAACUUAGGAUGUCCUGAUCAGCAGUAAGCUUUUAGUUCAUAACAUACUAAACACAUAUUUUUUCUAUAGUGUUUGCUAAAGCAUGACAUUUUUCCUAAAAUCAUCUUUUAAUGUUAUAGCCCAGUUAUUUUCUGAUGAUGCCAAAGGAAAUGAUUUUUUUUGUUAUUUAUUUUAAACAAUUAAAGAAUAUUAAUUUGUAUUUGAGGCAUUAGAAUAGUAAUGAAUUAUGGACCUUUUCCCCCAUUUCUUCUUGGUCACACCUCAAAUCAUGUUUUUUUUUUGAUACACAACCUUAUUCAUAGAAUUAUAUGGUGAACAUUCUUUUCAUUUUCCCCCAAUUAAAAUACAUCUGCUGAAUUUACCAUUUCCAGAUAUUGCUAGGGUAUCAAAAUAGUCAAAUGUUUGUCUGAGAAAUGAGAGAACUGGGAGAUUGUUAAAGAACAAGGAUUACACACCUUCAUUUUUUGAAGACAGCUGAAUCUUGCCUUUGAUUAGAUGCUUUAGCCUCAAAUGGACACCCCAUUCAGUAAGUACAUGUCAGAUACUAUUUCAAGGCUGCCAGGAAAGUCUGAAGAUGCGAUUAUGCUUGGUACUGAGGAAUUAUUCCAAAAAGAAAUCCUCAUGGCUACAAUUUAAUUUACCUUAUACCUUUUAAAUACUGCAAUAGUUCCUCUUUACUCUUCCCUUGUAUUUUGUUUAUAUUGUAUUAUAUCUAUCUAGUUUAUAAAAUUGACUGUUAUUGCAAAAUUGAUGAAAUUGUCCCCUCCAUUCCUUCCCUCCCUUUCUCUCUUCCCCCUCCAGCCUAGAAUAAUGGCACUUUUGAAAAAUAUUUAUUGGGGAAUGAAGAGAUGCCCAGGUGGAAAAUGUUUUUCUAAUUGCAUUUUUUUGUUAUUUGGUAUUUUUAAAGGUUUACAAAAGAAAAAAAAAUACAAAUCUUAUUUGGAGUAGGCAGAGUUACUAGAGAACACUGACAUUCCAACUAAAUAGGUUUUAUUAUUAAGUACAAAUUUUAUGGAACAUGCCUGACUUAGAAUAGUCGAUUGUACAGUAUUCAUUCACUUAAUUUUUUUUGACGACUGGAAAAAGAUAUGUUACAGAAGAAUUAGUGCAGUAUGUAAAUAUUUAAAAGAAUUUGGUUCUAAAUUAGCUGCUAAGAGUUGACUCCCAAAGAUGCAUAUAGUUGUGAAUAUAUGUUCAUUUAAAUACAUUCAACUUCCAAGAAUAGAUGAAUUUCAGUAUAGUUGACUUAGGGAGUCCCUUGGCAUUUUGCUUUUGGGAGAAAAACUUUGUAUCUAAAAUAAUUAGAGUGAUUUUGAAGCAUAUCAUAUUGGCAGUUAAUAUAGUUGUUGGCUAUGCUUAAAAACUAUGCAAAGUUCUUAGAAAAAAAACUGUGAAGACCUGGCAUUUAAAGGAGAAGUGUGGUUUGUUUAUGCACUACAGAAUGGGGCACAUAGUAGUGGAUGAGAGACAUUUGCUGCUUACUGUGAAAAGCAAACCGUUGCUGUCAGUGUGUACCUGAUACAGGACUUUUAAAAAAACGCACUGGGGAUUUGUCACUUUUCCUCUCUAGCGAAGUAGAUAACAAACACCUCUUUCUGGGGGUAAAGCACAGGAAUUGAAUACAGUCUUUCACUUUAAACAAAUCAGGUGAAUUAGGCCAGGAAAGUUGGAUCCAGGUUGGAUCCGUACCUUCUUCAGGUAUAUAGGCUAUACAGGUAGUGGCAAUGUUUAAAAGUGCAAAAGGAUGCCAUUUGUUCACAGUUGAUUUUAAAUUCAUGGAAUUCCUGUGAAAAUCUUUAGUCUUAAUAGCUUUUUCUAGGUUUAGGAAUUUCAACUUUGGUGUACAAAAUAAUUUAAUUUUAAAAUUUCACCUUUUCAGGUUUUUAGUGUUAAUUUAAAAAAUAAAUGCUUAAUGUCAGGCAAUGACUUUCUGGGGAAGAAGGCAACCUGAAGUAUGUACUGAUAUAUAUAGCCUCCUUUUCCAGGUAUGAGUUUUCCGUGAUGUAAACAUGGUACCAUGUGAUAAUAUUUUCAGAAUUGCAAAAUGGAUCAGAAAACUUCUUUAAAAAUAGCUAAUUUCCCCCCAUUUUUAUUGUUUAUUGCUUUGUUGGCCUGAUCUGCCAUAAAGAUGUGAUCAUCAGCUUAAAUGUCUGUUGAUGUAUUCCCUCUUGCUUGGUAAUUCAGCCGUGUUCUUCAACAUAAUUAAGUGUGGCACUAGUUUUCAGAUUGGUUCUAGGGGAUAAAUGGAUACAAAUCAUUGCACUGUACUGUUACCCUUGUCUGCUUGCUGUUAUCUACCUUUUCUAGGCAUCACAAUAAAAACUAGACAAUU